AAGGAUCUACAAACAAAUGCAGCAGGAUCUGCAAUAUUCGUCCAUAGAUAUGAAACGGGAGUCUGUUUCGGGAACAUCUGACAGCUUAAAUGUAUAUACAGUUCAAUUUUAUGCUAUAUUAAUAGCAUAAGAAUGUAUUGAACAGACCAGGGAUAACAACAUUUUAAUAUGUAGUGACUCUGCAUCAGCCCUUCUGAGUAUUAAGUAUGGAAUAACUCAAAAUCAUCAAGAAAUAUUGUAUGAAAUUUUGUUUACAAACUCAAGAAUAUGCAGACUAUAGGGAGAAGUAUUACAUUCAUGUGGGUCCCAGCACAUGUGGGAACACAGGGAAAUGAGAAAGCUGACAGAUUGGCAAAAGACACAACAAAAAAGGGGCAUGUUGACGUCAAAAUUAAGUUAUCAAAGUCAGAAGGGAAGAAUCUAGUAUGGAAAAAGAUAAUGGAAAAACAUCAGUGGGAGCAUGAAAAGAAAGGGAGACAUCUGUACAGGGUUCAAAAUAAAACAGGUAUGGUAAGAGAGUGGGGAAAUAAAAGGAAAGAAAAAGUUAUAAUAAGUAGACUAAGCAAGCUAAAUAAAACUCUACAUGUCAUAGGAAAACAUCCUACAUGUUUAUGCUAUGAAUUUCAGAAGGAGGAGACAGUUAAACAGAUCUUUAUGUCAUGCAAGAGAUAUUCACAAGAAAGGCAAGAGAUGAAGGAACAGCUAAGGAGAAUGGUUAUAAGAGUUUACAAUAUUAAAAGUAUAAUAGAAUGUGGAAAUGUAGAUUUCUGAUUUCCAUCAGCUGUAAGCCGUAAUCAUCAAGAUUAAAACAAAACAAAAAAACGCUUGAAAUAUUUCACUUUAUGUGUAAUGAAUCUAGAAUAUAUGAAAGUUCCACUUUUUUAAUUAAAUUACAGAAAAAAUGAACCUUUCCGUGAUAUUCAAAUUUUUUGAGAUGCACCUGUAUUAAAAAAAAACAAAAAAAAAAAACAGCCAGAGAUAAACAACUAUAUGAAUUUGUACAUCGACAAUAUUCACUUACAUCGAGAUUUAUAGUUCUUAAUGCCCAUGUGACAUGACAUGACACAUAAGCCUAAGUCACAAUCAGGCAAGUAAAGCAGUAAGUGGAUUCUUGCCUGGAAAUGUACUUAUGAAUGAAGCUUUUAUCUUUUUUAAUAACAAACAACUUAAUAUCAAAAAUGAGUCCUAAGCAUUUCCUUGCCACUAACCAAUGAGACCAGUUAUGGGCGGAGCGACACAUUCUACAGGCUGUAUGCACGCGCCAAUAUUUUGAAACAGAGCGCGGGCUGAGGCUGUGGCAGGUCUCACUACUUCACACUGUCCACCUUUCAAACCACACGUGUUUUACCCAGACAGAGGCAACUUGAAUUAACCAAACUGACAUCCGAAUCUCUUACCCAAGGCAGAACUGAGGGAUAAAAAUGGUAUUUGCAUCAGAUAACAGAGGCUUUGUGACCAUCAUCUUUUUCAUACUGGGCAUGGGAACACUUCUUCCAUGGAAUUUCUUCAUCACUGCCUUCGAUUAUUUUAAUGAAAGGCUAAACACAACAACGUCAAGCAAUGUUUCGGAAUCUCACAAGACCGAUCCGUACAUGUUCGACAACAUGUGUGUGCUGCUUUCCCAGCUACCUUUGCUGUUGUUCACAUUCCUGAACUCAUUUCUCUACCAGCAUAUUCCAGAAAGGAUGAGGAUAGCUGGCAGUAUGGUCUUCAUUUUACUGCUGUUUAUCCUCACAGCCACUUUAGUGAAAGUCAAAAUGGAACAGGAUCUUUUCUUCUCCAUCACAAUGUCAACCAUCUGGUUCAUCAACAUGUUCGGGGCGGUGCUUCAGGGCAGUCUGUUUGGUCUUGUUGGGAAAUUUCCUCCAAAAUAUAGCUCGUGGUUUAUGAGUGGCCAGGCCAUGGCUGGCAUCUUCUCUGCGGCUGCCAUGUUGAUGUCAAAGAUCUCUAAAACAGACAACGAGAGUGCAGCUUUAGGCUACUUCAUCACUCCCUGUGCUGCGACACUCCUCACACUGUGCUGUUACUCGGUGCUGCCCCACCUGAAAUUUGCUGGACUAUAUUUAGAAGCUGGAAUUAGAAACAAAGAGACUAAGCUAGAUUUGGAUCUCAAACAAAAGGAGAAUGUGGCCUUGGUCAAAGUGAAGCCCACUGAUUUUGACUAUACUCCAGAAUGCAAUGGUCAAAGUAUGUUAACUCACCCUGAUGCUGAAGCCUUCAAGACUGUGGCUGGAGUAGAGAAGCAAGAAGAAAAGUUGCCAGUGUUGGCAGUUUUUAAAAAGAUUUGGGUGAUGGCCUUGUGUGUGACCUGUGUUUUCAGUGUCACAUUGUCUGUUUUUCCAGCAAUCACGGGGUUGGUAAAGCCAAACGGCCUGUUUACAGGAACAUUGGCCGACAUUUUUACACCCCUCUGUUGUUUCAUGGUCUUCAAUGUGAUGGAUUGGAUUGGCCGAAGUGCCACCUCCAUUUUUCAGUGGCCCAGAAAGGACAGCUGUCUGUUCCCCAUCCUUGUGGCAGCUCGUGUGAUCUUCAUUCCUGCACUCAUGCUGUGCAACAUUAAAACCCGCACCUAUCUAUCAAGUCUUUUCAAACAUGAAUUUGCCUACAUAACCAUCAUGUCAUUGUUUGCCAUGACAAAUGGAUAUUUUGCCUGUCUCUCCAUGUCCUAUGCACCACAGUUAGUCAGGCCUAAGGAUGCAGAGACUGCUGGGGCUUUGAUGACCUUUUUCCUGGCUUUGGGACUGUCACUUGGAGGAGUGAGCUCAUUUGUCUUGAAAAUACUGCUAUAGUUUUCAACAAUCGUUCACUGGUCAUGUUACUGCUAUUCAAAGAGCUGUUCUACUUUCGUGUUAUUCCUUAGUAAAGUAUAGAUGUACAUGUUGCUGUGGUUUGAUUAGAUUUUGAUGACAUUUUAGUCAUUGUUCGAAGUGACUCAAUUUUUGUAAUAAAUUUCUUCAAAUUGAUGAUUAUACUUCUCCCAGGUGUAUCAUCGUGAUGUUGGUCAAGAUUAAUCAGAUAAUAUAUGCUGGUGUAACAAUUAAAUUAACUUUGUGAUUUUUUUUUAUUCUUUGUUAUGCGUUUAUUUUAUAUUGACAACUGCAUUUUUAUGGGGUUUUUUUUUUUUUUUUUUACAAAAAAAUGUUUUGAACUAUUGUUGCACUGUAUAACUAUCGCAUUUCUUUUCAAAGCAGCAAUGCUGUUUUAUGCUUUUAAUGAUUUAUACUUCAUGUGGGUCAGGUCAGUUUUAUGGUUUUUCAUGUUUUUCUAAUAAAAUUGUUGUAUUUUGG